GUAUAGUGUUUGCGCCGGUCCUAGCUCUUACGGUACGAGCACGUGUUUUUCGAGAUCGAGAUCGGGAUUAAUAAUUAACUUUAGACUUAGUUAAUGGAGUUGAAUAGAUGUUUAAACAAUGUCUAUUUCUUUUGAAUUAUAAAGGUGCAUCAUCCAAAUGCAAUGUGCGUGUGUCAGUGAUGUUUUUCAACAAUCGAUUAAUCUGAUAGUAAUUCAAAACUUAUUCGUAUUUAUAAAGUGAUCACGUUCAGUGAGUUAUUAAACGAUCAACAAAAAAUUAGUGUUCGAUAAGACUGUAUAUGCAGUUGGUAAUUAUGAAUCCAGAAUUGCGACUUUUUGUGCCAGGUUUUAUGUUAGUUUUCGUGCUUUUUCUGACAGCUGGAUCAGUUUACUGUGAAGAUUGCGGGCAGGAAGAAUUAUCCCAAUGUGCGCGGCCACUUCAAGUUUUAUCAUCAACAGCUGAGCUGUCUUUUGUCACUAAAAAAUCAGAACUCGAUCAACUGUGUCCGGACCUGCAUGCGGGCCUGCGUUGCAUACACAGUUACACUAGAAGAUGUAUGUCACAGAAACAAAGAGCGCACUUUAAUCAGCUCUAUCACGGCACAAACACUGUAAUCAACGAGCUUUGCGAAGACGGUCCCUAUCAAGAAGAAUUCCUAAGACAUGCCCCGUGCAUGCACAGCGUACAACGAGAUUACGAGCGCUGCGCGAACCGAUACCAAGCGACGAUGUCUCAACUGGGGAAGCCGAAAAACCAAACGGAAGGCGAGAAGUCGACCGAAGUUUACGACGGCAGCAGGCGCAGGGAGAGGCUCAUGAACGCGGGCCAAGUCGAGACCGGUGACAGUUUCGGCGGCAGCGCGGCCGUAUCGGAGAAAAUGCGGGACAUCAGCGUCGACAGCCCGGAGGAGUAUAGGAGACAGCAUUUAUUGAGACAAAAGCAAUUAGAGGAGCAACGUCGGAGACAAAUGAUGCUACAAGGGCAAAUUCCGAUUCAAGAUGAAGAAGAAGCAGAAGAACAACUGAGGACAGUAUGCUGUUCGUUCCAAGAGUAUAUGCGCUGUUCGCAAGAUGCUGUGAGAUGCCAGUGUGGUGAAGAAUCCGCAAAAUUCACGAAGAGAUUUCUUGAUAAAAUGGCUAGCUCAUUGAUCAGGCUACACUGUGCAAACUACGGCGAGGGUUCUGGAAGAUGUGUGGGCUUCUCUUCGGCCGAAUCCUCUCUACUGAGAUCUAGAUUCUCCGUAGCUGUGCUCUCUGUGAUAUCGUUCGCAAUAUUGAUGUCUAGUUGAAUAUUUUAUGAGAGUAGUUAGGCAAUGAUAAAAAAUUAUAUCUAUAUUUAGAAUUAUAUUUCCUAUGGGUAAAUACACCUACUUGUAUAUAUAAAAAAAUAUCUUCAAAAGAACUAUUUUUUCCAACACGAGACUUCGAUUAGUUUUGUAAAAAAUAGGAUUGUACAGAGUUUGAAAUCGAUACGAGAUAAGGUUUUCAUAGAUUUAUUAACGCUGUUAACUACAAGAAAGCUAUAUGAAAGUAAAAUAGUUUUUACCCUGAUAUACAUACAUAUUAUGUAUAUAUGUAUAUACAUACAUACUACGUACUAUACUUUCCCGCCAACUUCAUCCAUUUGAAUCUCAUAAGCUGAUUUCCAUUAAUAAUUAACUACUCAAAAUUAGUUGA